AUGGAAGGAUCUUCCUUGCGUGACCGUCGGUCCUGUGCUUUGGCAAGCAACGGCAAAGACAAGAAAGGCGGGGGGAAAAGACCGGCUGGGAAAGCUGCGAAGCUGUCAACUGACGCACAAAGCGUGGCUGCUCGGGAAAGGAGGCACAGAAUCAGUGAAAGGUUCAAGAUUUUGCAGAGCUUGGUCCCCGGUGGAAGUAAGAUGGAUACGGUUUCCAUGUUGGAGGAGGCCAUUCACUAUGUCAAGUUCCUCAAGACACAGAUAUGGCUUCACCAGACCAUGAUCAAUUUUGUGGAUACUGAUCCCUCCUUGCCCCUUCCUUCAGGAUAUCAUCUUCCUGCAAACCAAGCUGAUGAUCUAUGUUCACGGCUCAAUAUGCAGGGCGAUCAAACGAAUGCAUUGGCAGCAGUACCGCAGCUAGGAUUUGCAUAUUCUGGUCCCCUGUGCGGAGAAAGUAUAUCGCUUGACAAAACUUUCCUUUACUAG